CUGUUUGUGGCGGUGCAUUUGGCUUUUGUGCUACCAUUUGGCGUGCACCAAUGGAUCAGAACGUCCAAAUAACUUUUUACACGAAAUCCAAACAGUAUUCUGUUCCCUCCGCACCGAUUGCAGUACCACAACACACGACUGUUGAAGAACUCAAUAAUUUAGUCAAAGUUCUGCUAGAUGAAACCAGAGAGUCUAGGACAUAUCCGGAAUUUACGUUUCUCGUGGACGAUUUGAUUCUAACUUCAACUUUGCAUGAAUACUUAUCAGAAAAAGAAGUUAUAUCUGAAACCAUUGACAUUGAGUUUUGUCCAAAACAAGAACCACCAAAAUACGAAAAAGAAUAUGUACAGGAUGACUUGAUCAGCUGUGUCAAACGCUGUGAUAAGUACAUUCUAACAGGUGGUUACGAUGGUACACUGCAUAUAUGGAGCUUGGAUAGCAAAAGUGCCAUAUUAUCUAUGGAGUUGGAGGAAAAAGUUAAAUGUGUAGAAUGGAUCAAUCUAGAUCAAACCAAAAAUGAGGCGGUUUUUGUAACUGGCGGUUUUGACCAAACAGCUCAGAUAUGGCACUGGGAUCUUAGUUCAAAUAAAGUUAAUUGUAUUGCUGUUUGUCGUGGACAUUCUGAAACUGUGAUGACCGCAGCCUCACGCUUCUCUAAUAAUUCUGAUACUCAUACAGCACAUUUCGCUACAGGAUCUUGGGAUACAACAAUCAAAAUAUGGUCGGCAGGGAUUGAACCUACAGAUCUGUCUGAAGAAACAGGUGGUAUUGUACAUGUGAGAAAAUCGACUAGCAAAACACCUACUAGAAUCCCGUUAUUCACCUUAGCGGGACAUCGGGAAACUGUCACACGCAUUUGCUGGUUACCUUCCACUCUUACUAAUGAUAGCGAAAUAAAGCCUGGUGGAAACCAGCUACUGUCUAUCAGUUGGGAUCAUAGUCUACGUAUUUGGGAUUGUGAAGCGGCCAAAGGUAACACUGGUGCUGAAGUCCGGUGUAUACUUUCCAAUCAUGCUUUGCAUGAUGCAGAUGUCAAUAGCAGAGGUAUUUUGACUGCUUCUUCUGAUAACUGUAUUCGAAUAUUUGAUCCACGAGCAGAAGCACCUUUAGUACUCUCUGGAUUUCAAGGACACACAGGCUGGUUGACUUCAGUUGCUUGGGCACCUCAUAGACAAGAUCAGUUUAUAUCUGGAUCAAUUGAUCGUAGUGUUCGUUUAUGGGAUACACGUAAUCCUCGUUCCUCUCUAUAUGACUUAAUGGGACAUGCUGAUAUUGUGACAGAUGUUGAUUGGGCGCCUGCAAUUAAAUUACUUACUAAUGAUAAACCUAUACAUUAUAUUUUAAGUUCAUCAGCUGAUUCUACUGUAAAAGUUUAUCAUUAUCCAGAGUGAUAUAAUUUAUGUUUUGAUUACGACAAUCGAAUAUCUGUUUUUGAUUGUAUAAAAACGCAUUUGUCUAUUCUCGAAUUAAGAAAAAAAUAAAAUAAAACAACCUGAUUUCACAUUGCAUUCUAUGAGUUUUUAUUAAACUUGAUGAAUAAAACAUGAAUAAUGUACAGCCAAUUCAAAAUUAAACACAUUAUCCCCAUAUGUAAAACGUGUUCUUGAUCAUAAAUAUUUUUAAUAUUGAGUAUGAUAAAUGUUCUAUUGAAAUGACUGGUUAUAAACUG